UAUCUCGGCCAUUUUGCUGUAACUUUCUACGUCUUCUGUCUUCCUGCUUUUCCGUACAGAGCUAAAGAGGCGAAUAAUUGGCCAUUUAUAAUUUCGUCUUACAGCUCUUCGAAAUGUCCGAUGAGGCCGGAUAGAUUUUGGCAGAACUGGUUGGACUAUGUUAAUUACCGUUCGGUUACUUUGGAAGAAAGUAACAAGUGUCCAGCCCUGAUUGGUGCACGCAUCUACUCCCAGUCUGACUGAACUUUGCUCGGUGGCUGGAGGAGGAGUGGGUAUAGUGCUGUCACCAUGUCUAAUCAUGCAGAGGCCAGAUUGAAGCAUCUGGAGAAGCUGUAUCUGAACGGAGUGCCACAGAGCAGUGGGGCUACCCUGAGCUUGGAAAGUUUACUGGAUGCACUUGUCCUGCUGCAUGACGAAUGCCAUGCCUCCACCCUACGCAGAGAGAAGAGUGUCACAAACUUCUUAGAAUGGGCUAAGCUUCCAGUGAAGAAAGUAAAGGACCUAAGGCUGCACAAAGAAGACUUUGAAACGUUAAAGAUUAUUGGAAGGGGAGCCUUUGGAGAGGUUGCUGUAGUAAAGUUGAAGAACAGUGAUGACGUGUUUGCCAUGAAGCUCCUCAACAAGUGGGAGAUGCUCAAGAGAGCCGAGACGGCAUGCUUUGUUGAGGAGAGAGAUGUACUUGUACAUGGAGACAGCAGGUGGAUCACCAAUCUUCACUAUGCCUUCCAAGAUGAUGAUUUCUUGUACUUGGUCAUGGAUUACUACAGCGGCGGCGACCUUCUGACCCUCAUCAGCAAGUUCGAUGACCGGUUACCCGAGGACAUGGCCCGCUUCUACGUGGCCGAGAUGGUGCUCGCCAUCGACUCGGUGCACAUGCUUCGCUAUGUCCACCGGGACAUCAAACCGGACAACGUGCUCCUGGACAAGCACGGUCACAUACGACUGGCAGACUUUGGCUCCUGCCUCAGGAUGCUUCCAGAUAAUACGGUUAUGUCAAACGUGGCAGUGGGAACACCAGACUAUAUAUCACCAGAAAUCCUGCGGGCGAUGGAGGAUGGUAAAGGAAGAUACGGUCCAGAAUGUGACUGGUGGUCAUUAGGAGUAUGUAUGUACGAGAUGCUGUUUGGUGAGACGCCCUUCUAUGCAGAAUCACUGGUAGAGACGUAUGGCAAGAUCAUGAACCAUAAGAAUCAAUUUGAUUUCCCGCCUGAAACGGAAGAAGAAGUCGCUAUUUCAGAGGAUGCCAAGGAUUUAAUAUUAAGCCUCAUCUGUUCAGCGGAAGCACGACUAGGGCGCAACGGGCUACAAGACUUCAAAGACCACCCCUUCUUCAAUGGCAUUGACUGGCAAAAUAUCAGGAACAUGACACCUCCCUACGUCCCUGAUGUCAAGAGCGCAACGGACACCUCCAACUUUGACGUUGAUGAGGCGGACCUGAGGAACUCUGAAGUGUUACCUCCCAGCUCCCAUGCUGCAUUCACAGGCAAUCAUCUACCCUUCCUGGGUUAUACCUUCACAAGAAAUAGCAAUCUCUCUGAUCUGGGUAAACUAGCGGAUGUGAAAGAGGUGAUAUCCAGUGGUAUCAAGGAGGGCGUCGUCGACAGUGCCCAGGUAGAGAGCCUGGAACGACGGAUUAACAAACUAGAGACCGAGAAGACUGAGCUCACUAACAGGGUAUCAGAAUUAAAAAGCAGCGGAGGUGGAGAGAAUGAUGAAGUGAGGAGAUUACAAGAAGAAAUCAAGUCGUUCAAAUCUAGAAUAGCAGCCUCUGAAGCAGAGAGUAAGAAUACGAGAGAUAGCUACCAAGCCAUGGCCAAAGAGAUGCAGAGUGCGGAAGAUGAGAAGUCUAGCAAGAUCAAGACAUUAGAAAGAACUUCCAAAUUAAUAAAGCAGGAAAAGGAGAAUCUAGAAAGAGAAGUGGAAGAAAUUCAUGAGAGAAAUCGCCAAUUAAAUAAAGAAAUGAAAGAAGCCAAAUCACAAGGGAAGCUUGCCAUGCAGGAGUUCACAGAAAUUAAUGAAAGGUAUGCAGACAUCAUGUCCCAGAAACAGAAGCUCUCCCGAGAUCUACGAGACAAGGAGGAGGAGAUUGAGGUCGUCUCACAGAAAGUAGACUCACAGAGAGCAGACAUUAGGAAACAUGAACAGGCCAAUAAAGAGCUGGAAGCUCUCCAAGAAGAUUUCCAGGUUGAGAUAGCAAGGGAAAAGAAACUAAGACAGCAAAGUGAUCAGAAUAUCAAGCAACUCCAGGAUGAGCUGGAAGGCCUCAAGGUGAACUCAGUAGGCCGAGCCAAGCCUGAUACAGACAAGUAUGAGAAGGAGGUAGCUCGACUCAAGCAGGAGAUGGAGAAGAAAGAAGUCCAGUAUGCUGAGGGUGUGGCCAAGGAGAAGUCAAGGCAUACUAUAGAAGAAAAGAUCUUGAAAGAGCAGGUCAACGAGAACGAAGACAAGAUCGUGUCGAUGCGACGGGAGAUCACCUCCCUCCAGGACAAGCUGGGACGACUCCAGACUACCAGUACAGAGGACCAGCAUGCUAAGAUGAAGAUGGAUGAUAUGAAGAGGAACUAUGAGAGGACGAAGGCUCUCAUUAAUGAUGACAAGACCAAGCUUAGCCAAGAUCUUGAUAAGACCCUUCUGGAAAAGGAGAGAUUACAACGAGAGCUGAGACUUUCAGAAGAGAAGCUCGAGGAGAUGUCCAGAAACAAGGAUUCUGUGGCACACUGGGAGGCACAGAUAGCAGAGAUUAUCCAAUGGGUCAGCGACGAGAAAGAUGCUAGGGGAUACCUGCAAGCUCUGGCUUCAAAGAUGACAGAUGAGCUGGAGAGUAUCAAAGUGUCUGGCAUUGUGGGUGCUGCAAGGGAGAAGAGUUGGCAGUCAAGAAGGUCACAGCGGAUGGACAGGAUGGAGCUACUCAACCUACAGUCCAACCUCCGCAGUGAGAUCCAAGCUAAGGAACAGAUCACGGAGGAACUCAAAAAGGUCAAGGCUGCACAUUCUGCAGAUGAGAGCAAAUUGAGGAGUUCUGAAGCCAGGAAUACAGAGCUGACGGAUGAAGUGGCCAAACUCACCACCAGUGUUACCGAGUUGGAGCAACAGCUGCAAGAGUUAAAGCAAAAUGCUGCAGACAAGGCUGGAUCGAAUCUAAGCUUCGCUUUCUUAGAUAACUUAGAUCGGUACUUGGAUGUCGACACAAAGCUGAACUUUGACUUUAAGAAUGAGCUGAAAAGGCUUUCACUAAGAUUACAAGAGUCUGACAUGGAUCCACCAGAAAGAGACACAGGUGCUCCAGUUGAACCUGUGGCUACUGAUGAUAAGAGUGUCCAUUCAUCGGGUACAUCGUCAGGGGAGACGCCACCUCCCACACCCAAGCACAAGACGCACAAAUUUAUGAUAACCAACUUCCAAGUACCAGCCAAGUGUGCUCACUGUACAUCACUGAUGCUAGGUCAGAGUAGGCAAGGCAUGAUGUGUGAAGUUUGUCACUUCGCUUGUCAUGUGGCAUGUGCAGAGAAGGCUCCUAGUAUGUGUCCAAUCUCACAGCAACAAAUGGCCAAACCUCAAGGUAUAGACCCGACACGAGGCAUCGGUACUGCAUAUGAAGGUGUACUAAGGAUCCCCAAGCCUGGUGGUGUGAGGAAAGGCUGGAUGAAGCAGUUUGUAGUGGUAUGCGACUUUAAGCUCUUCCUCUUCGAUGUCUUAGACGGGAGGGCGUCAGAGCCUACCAAUGAUAUCUCACAUAUCUUAGACAUGAGGGAUGAAGAGUUUUCUGUCAGUUCUGUCUUGGCUUCAGAUGUCAUCCAUGCUCCUUCCAAGGAUGUACCAUGUAUAUUCAAGGUAUCUGUAUCCCAGCUGAAUCCCCCAGGUCUGUGUGCUCAGCUCCUGCUCCUAGCCGACAGCGAGGCGGAGAAGAGGAAAUGGGUGGAUGCCCUCAACAACCUCCAACGUCAUCUCAAACACAAUCAGCUGCCAGACAGGACAGUGUUCAGAGCCCAGGAGGUCUUUGAUAGCAGUAUGCCUCUGGUCAAGGUCACACACUGUGCAGAUAUUGUCGAUGCGAGUAGGUUUGUGAUAGGAACUGAGGAUGGUCUGUACACAGUGGAGAUCUCGUCUGGUUUCAUUGUGCGGGUAGACCGCAAGCAAAUCCAUCAAGUACGGGUACUCAAAGAUGAACAACUAGUCAUAGUCAUAUCAGGCAGGGGACGUCAUUUACGUCUGUUCCCCAUUGCUUGCCUGGAUGGUGAGGCGACCGUCAUCAAGGUAGAGGAACCCAGGGGGUGCACCAUGUUCACUACCGGUAUCAUCCGCCAAGGCUCCACCACGUGCAUGUGCGUAGCCAUGAAGCGCACCGUCCUCAUCUAUGAAUUCAACCGUAACAAGGGAAGGCAUAAGCGCAUCAAGGAGGUCACUCUACCGGCUCCGGCUCAGUGCAUGGAGGUGUUUGGAGGAAGGCUCUGCGCAGGCUACACAUCGGGCUUCGGAAUGUUCAGCAUACAGAUGCAGGGCCAGCAUGUAGAACCUCUGCUGAACAUUGAUGAUCCAUCCUUGAGGUUCUUAAUUGACAUCCCUACUGAAGCACUAGCAGCUGUACAGAUCAGUGAAAGAGAGUAUCUACUCUGCUUCUCAACUCUUGGUGUGUAUGUGGACUUCCAGGGUAGGCGGACAAGGGAGCAGGAGCUUAUGUGGCCUUCCCAUCCAACUGAAAUUGCCUUCAACAGUCCAUACCUGAUUGUAUAUAGUGACAUCUCUGUAGAUAUCUAUGACAUUGGGAUCAUGGAGUGGGUUCAGACGAUACCCAUCAAAGGAACGAGGCAACUGUCAUGGGAUGGCAGCUUGAACCUGAGCUUUGUCACCGAUCUUCAUGCACCACGCCUUGUGUACUUCCACAACCGACUUGCUGUAUCAGAUCAUGAGAAGUUGAAUAUCCAAACAGUCGUCAAGUCCAGCAAGCAACAAGCUAACAAGAGAAAGUUCUCCUUCAAAUCCAAAGAUGAAAUCAGAAAAUCAACAAAGUUUCAACCCAGGAAUGUGAUAAUCUCAGCACCUAGUAACUUCAGUCAUAUCACUCAUAUGGGACCAGGAGACAGCUUGUCAAAGCUGCAGGAUAUUCCUGGAGCUGAGAGCAAGCCAGUUCGUAUCAAGAGCAUGGUCGGUCAGCCGUUGCCUGCCCAGCGAAGUGUGACCAGGCAGAGACCCAACACGGUCAUCAACCUCAGCAGGGACUCGGAUCAGAACGGUCAGCUUAGCUUGGCACCGUCUGGAGCAGCUAACUUUGAGCUGAGUCUCACAUCGCGGGAUGGUUCCCAGGGAUCACAGGGUUCACCGGAUCUCUCGGGAUACUCCCCAAGGCACUCCUUAGGAGAGGAAGCCUCAAGUUCUGGGACGCCGCCUACCCCUCAUCGAAUGAGCUACGCAGAGCAAGACCAAUCAUGAGGGCUGCACAUGAAGAACACAAAGACUUCAGCUUCCCCUUAGAGUGUCAUUGAGUGAUUUCAAGUUCGGUGUUAGUGUCAAGACCAAUGCAUUGUCAUUCAUUGUAGGCAGUAUUGAACACCGGUCACGCAACUAGUGUUAAGGAAAUAGUGAGGGUAUCGAGUGUUUAGCACCGUGGAUGUGAGGAUCAUCUAUGGCAUUGAUGCUAAGUUAACACUUGACACCAGACCUGAACACUAGACUUGAAAUCACUAGCUGAUCUCUAAGUCAACUCGUGCUCAACAGCUACCUGAACACUGAAAGCAUUACUCUACCCCCCCCCCCCAUGAAAUCUCUCUGAUGCAAGUGUAGUGUCACUCUUUAGGUCUGUUGCUGGUGUGCUUAGCUGAAACCAAACACCAGCCUACAACACUGUUUUUAGAAGCACCUGUCAUGGGUGUUAAGCAUCAAGAAAUGUAAUUAUAAUUUGUUUGAAAUGAAUAAACUCUCAUGGAAGAUGCAGCUUUAAAAGCAACUCUUUGAAAUAUAGCUAUGAAUAUGCAUUUUGGGCUUGCUAUGAAGAAAAGGGCAAGUUCUUGUGUGGAGGGAAUCCAUGAUAAUCGCCUUUUUAGCCCCAAUCAUUAUCAUCACCAACAUCACCACCACCACAAAUAUCAUCACCUUUAUCAUCAUCAUCAUCAUCAUCAUCAUCAUCAUCAUCAUCAUCGUCGUCAUCGUCAUCGUCAUCAUCAUCAUCAUCAUCCCCUUAUCAAUCAUGUUAUCACCUUUAUUUAGUAUCAAUAACAUUGUCAUUGCCCCAAUGUAUCAUUGUACUCAAUAUCGCCAACAUAUAUAUUUCUGUUAGAUAAGAACAUGCUGGGUAUUAACAACUGUAACGGUUUAGGUAUAAUUGCAGUCUAAUAAAGUAACUGAAUAUGAAAGGGGGGAUAUCUUUAUGGUGUAUUGUUCUUUACUGCCAUGUGAUGCAAAUUUAGUGAAAAGAAAAUAUAAUGAAACUUCUCAAUUUCCGUUUGAGUUGUUUUUCAUACUACUCAUCACUGGAUAUUGUCGGUAUAAAGCUUGAGCAAGGUUUAAUCCCUUUUGAUAUCAAAUCUGUGAUUAAUCUGGCAAGUCGAGGAUUACUUGUGCGCAUUCUCAAGUUUAGGAUAAACUUAAGAAUUAUCAUUCUGUUAUUAUUUUUUACAAAUCUUUAAGCAUGUUGAAGAAAGUGCUGCAUUUCUGUUCUGUGUAUCAGAUUCUUUUCCUGGACUAUUGGAAAUUGAACUUCUACAUGUCAUGAUGAGAUAAGUGAUAAAUUAAAUUCUACAAUAUGGUCAGGGCACUUUAUGCUAAUAUCUCUUUAAGCAUCAUCAGAACCAGUCCAUCAUUUAAAUUGAAAGACAUUAUAAGCAAAGCUCCAAAAUUUAUCAAUCUUGGCACCACAAAAUUCAGUGUUGAGCCAGCACAUGUGUGUCCUGAGAAUAUAACAUUAAUUUAAAUAAUAGUAAUGCCAGUCAUUUUUGUAAUGAUAUUGGGAGAUGCAAUUAUUUAGGGGUGCGAAAGAAGAUGAGAUUGCAUUUCCUGUAGAGUUAUAAAAGAAUACAGAUUGCACUCUUUGAAGGACUUUUGUACCGUGGAAGAAACUUUCCCAAAAGUUAAUUUUGUUUAAUAUACCAUUUAAAGGUAUUUGCAGGUCACAAUAGUAAUUUGUAGAAUCAAUGAUUGACCCCUCUCACCAUGGUAGAGCCAUAGGCAGAAAUACAAUGUAGCGGCAUGUUGGAUUUGUGGAAGUACAAGUAGUUAUAUGAGAAACGGUAGUGCUGGAAGCUACCGAAAGAACAAGAUGAGAAAUGUGGGGUAGGUUCAUCUGAAAAUUUCCCUCUAAAAAAGGCGCAGCUCUGCCAAAUUGUGUGAUUGUUCUAGUUGCACUGUCAAAACUACACCUAUUUAUUAGCUCGAGUGGAAGAUUACAAGGAGUUCCGUAGGGCAAGUUAAAGAGAAAACAUUGUUUCGUAGCCUUGGGUCAUGUAGAAACUCUCAUUUUUGGUUCAUUGUUGCAAGUUUGCUUUAUAUUAAAGGUACAUUAAUUAGAACAGGACAAAAUGGUUCAGCAUUUUAUGAUCUGCUUUCUGCGCCAUAUUUAGCUUUGAUUAAAUGGAUUUAGAAGGAGCACAUGUACCUUCAUUUGACUGCAGUGUGAAAUGAAAGCUUCUAAAAUCUCAAUAAAGGCUUUCUGUGCUGGCAACAAAAAUGUGGUAUUCAUAUAAAACUUACUUUCCAAUGAGUUCCACAUGAAAGGCUUUUCCAUCCAGUGUUGGGAAUAGAUUUCAACUUAUAAGGUCACUAGCAAUUUGUUCCAAUGUUUUUUUUAUAGAAUCAUUUGUGAAUCAUUUGUAUUACAUUUCCCUUUUUUGUUGUUUUGUCAGUACCAAAAUGAUAAACUUAUUUUCAGGUCCUGUAGAAAUUUGUUAUUUAAUCGUUUACAGAGGUUGAUGGCAUUUAAAAAAUAUUAUUAGAAAGUGCUUUUAUUUGAUAAAAGUAUCAACCCAAACAUUGAUGGUUGUUUAAAAAGUUGUUGUUCUUUAACCAAAUAUUUAUCGAGAAUAAAUUCUGUACAAUAAAGUUAAAGUUGGCAUCAGUCAUAAAGAAUUUUUUUUUGUUAAUACCUUCUCCACUACAGCAUUUAAAUUUAUCAUUUCCUGGAAUAGCCUUGUUUGUGUCUUUCAGUAGUACAUAGUAUCCUAAUUUAUGACGACAGAAAUUCUUUGAAAAAGAGUAAAAAAAACUCUUUAAAAAAAAACUAAGAUGUACUUAAUUAUUUUUGGCUUCCUGUUUAUAAUCUUUGUCAAUCUUGUGUUGCAUAUUCUGUACAAAUGUGAAUAUUUUUGUUGUUUACCAUGUAUCUAUAAAAACACAUUUUUGUUACCCUCUCGAGUAUUAACUGUAAAUGUACCUUUGAUAUUGCUAGAGACCCCGACUUGGUAUGUAUCCCAUUUCUGGUUUGGUUUUAAAUUCAUUAUCUCUGUUUUAUAUUCCCUAUUAUUAAAGAUAUAAAGUGCCUAGAAUGACAUCUCUAUAUAUGUAGGUACAUUUUAAAUGUAGCAACAGACGGGAUGCAUCGUAAUUCUAGCUGUACUUUGAAAAUGUUAGGCACACGGCAUUUGUACUGUGAAUCGGUUGCAGUGACAAUUAGAUGGGAUGUAGGUAGGGUCUGCCAGAGUGCUACAAAGGUGACUGCUAGUAGCUUCUUUAAUACAUGGAGUUUAUAAUGCCUGUCUGGCUGUCAGCAGACAGGACUUGAAUGAUAGCUUUGUAGGGUCCAAAGAUUGGUGUUCAUGUGGACCCAGGUGUGCUAUCUCAAUGCUAUGAUGCCUAGUAAUUUUUAUUAUGCAAGUUUAAAGGAUUGACUAAUACAGGAUAGCCUGUUGUUAUCAGAUUGGAAGAGUGCUGUCAUGUGCAGAUGAGUGUAUAGGACUUGCCGCCGACCAAAGCUGGGAUUUUCAAUUACAAAUACAUGUAGGAGAUUUGGGUGCUGCUGCUGUUCAUCACCCAAACCACACAUGAAUCAAAGUGCAUAGGACCAACAGAAGUGUACCGUGUUGUCUUUUAUAGCACACAUCUUCAUUGUAGUCUCCAUUUCGACUCCAUAUAUUUUUUUUAGGGAGGGGGGAUGUUGCUUUGACAAAAAUAGCAUUUCCAUAGAAAGCAAAACUGCUAAGAUUGCCUAUGCAGUCAAUCAAUUCUAUUUUCAGAUAGGACAGGUUAUUUAUUGGCAAAGCUCUUGUUGUACAGGAUGAAUAAUAAGGAAAUAAAACUUGCAUAUUGAUGAAAGCACCCACACUUCUUCUGUUACCGGUACUCCCACAUAAUCUAAAUACUUGCGCUGAAAUUUAACAAAAUUUAAGGUCUCAAUGGCAAAGCAGCAUUUGAACAUGAUUUUUAAAUUGUCUCGAAACAAUGAAUGUAGUCGGGAGUAUGGAUGAAUAGUUUUUAAUCAUGUAAAGUCUAUCAGUGAAUAUGUAAUUUGACAUUUUGAUUGGUUUCCUAUAAGAGCUGUUAAAAUGUGUAGGAAUAGAUGGUUAUCUCGCUCUCUUAAAUGGAGAUGAACGUGUAUAAAAGCAACAGUACUAGUAGGAACAAAAUAUUCUUCUUUAGGUAUAAUGCUACUUGUAAUUUAGGUAUUAUAACUGUAGGGAACUUGUAGCACAAUUGAAUGAAUAUUUCAAAGUGAGAGCAAUCUAAUCUUAUACUUCUUGAAUGAAAUCGAUCUUAAUAAUUGACUUAAGAAUGCUAUCGAAAUGAAACAUGUGGACCUUGCAGUGAAAAUGUUCAUAUUCCAUUGUUAACCAUGAGUAGGUCGAUCCAACUUGGCUCUGUACAGAUAUAUAGAUUAUCGUGUGAAAGAUGUUUUGGAAUUGUGUGAUCAGAUGCAAAUUUUGCAACUCAUUUCUUACUUAGAUCCAUUACUAUCAUUUCUAACUUAGACCCAUUACUAUCAUUUCAAUACGUUUACCAGUAGUCAGUCCAUAUGUCCAUUCAUUUGUACCUCUUUUUAUUCUCCCUUAGUGCAUGAUUGCAGUUGUAGUUUUUCUUUUGCUGAUGAUUACUAUAUGAUACAUGGAUUGCCAAGCAAUCUUAUUUUCCUUGUAGCAAUGCAAGAUGCGCAUACUAGAUAGCAAUCUUAUUCAUUUUCGUCAUGAUUAUUCAGUGCAACCCUCAUUAAAUGAUACCUUCAUUUCUUAGAUUCUGUCUGACCUUGAUCAUGCAUUCUGCAUACCUUAUGGUCAGCUUUAAUUUGCCAGGAUUGUUUUUUCUUCUCGUCUCGAAAUGAUAAAAUGAAAACUUGAUGUACCUGUUCUAUGUGUGUGUGGUAUAUCAAGAGAUGGUUAGGUUUAGAGAGGAUGAAAAUAUGAAAUAUAUUGCAAUUUGUGUGAUUGCUUUUUAACCAUGCUUUUUAGGGUAAGCAUAGUUGGAAGAAGAAGUCUUGUGUUCUGGCUUAUGGAGUAGGCUUUUGUAGAAUUAUAAACAGUGCCACUGUUUUGUCAGAUAACAUAAAGAGACAGUUGAUAGAAUCUAUCGUUGUAUUCUCUCUUGUGGAGAUGGUAAUUUGGAAGGAAAUUGGGGAAUUAUUUCAACAGGGUUUCAACAUUUUAACAAUUCAUGUCAGAUUUUGAAGGGCGCCGUAUCUCAAGCCAUGUUGUAUUUGGUGAAUGUUCACACCUGUAAUUAAUAAACAUACAUGGGUUAACUUAAAUCGCAAGAACCAUAUUCACAUAUCUGCAUACUGUUCAAAUUGCGAGAUGAAACAGUGGCACUGUCAUAGAACUCUAGUAAAUGAAAUCUGCAGGCUAGCCAAAAGUUUGACUGUCUUCCAAGCCUGCACCUCUCCUGUUCCGUAUUCUCUCCAUCUUGCUCCCCAUUGUGGUGUGAAAAAUUUGUGUAAUGGCCACUUUUCUUCGUCGUAGAGACUAAUUAGGGAGUUUUCUUCUUUUUUUUCUGAGUGAGACUAUUGAUGCUUGCUGUGAGUAUUGUGCGUGCACUACUGUGUCUAUGAAGAUGUAUUUAUGUCAUUGGAGCAUGAUGGUAUAAAGGUUUUUCUUUUCAGUAAAUUACUUAUAGAUCAAGAUUAUUUACCUCAUAUUAAUUGUCCAAGGUUUAAACGUAGGGGACGAAAGAGUACGAACAUUUACCUGUAUGCAAAACUAGUAUUGGAAUUAUUUCCUGUAUUCGUAGAUAACAAUGUUGAUUUUUAUUAAUGCUUUAUUUGUUUUUUAAAGAAGAGAAGAGAUAAUUUGCCUUGCUACUAAUUGAUAAUACCGAGAUGAAUGUUUAACAUAGAUGUGUCUAUAGGCGACUAACUAUAUAAUGAAUUAAUGCUUGUACACUUUUUUGAGAAGUAGCUUAUUAAUGUAAUUAUGAUUACUUGUAUUAUUUAUAUGUAUCAAAUAUGAGGUUUCUUACUCGUCGGCUCGUUUCCUUUGCAGAGAAAAAAAAUGAGCGGAUUGUGAUUAUCUAUGUAUUUAAAAUAAUAAUGUAUGUCGUUGUGUAUAUUAAGAGGAAGACAGGAGAAGCAAUGUACUGUAUAUUGUAUGUCAGGUUUUACUACAUUUGUUAAUAGUAUUAUAAUGUGAUGAGGAAUUUAAUGAACGAGCAGUUGUUGGAAGUAACAAGAUGGGACGUUUUAUUGUUGCGUCUGCACUAGUUGUUUCAAGUGAAAGAGAAUAUACAACAGGUACAGACAGGA